AUGUCUAUACUUAAUUUUAAUGUUGGUAUACUUGGACAUGUCGAUUCUGGAAAGACAAGUCUUGCUAAAGCUUUGAGUACUAUUGCUAGUACAAAUGCUUUUGAUAAAAAUCCUCAAAGUCAAGAACGUGGAAUAACACUUGAUCUUGGAUUUUCAUCAUUUACAAUGGAUAUACCCGAACAUUUGAGCAAUAGUAAUUAUAAACAAUUACAAAUAACAUUAGUCGAUUGUCCAGGACAUGCAUCAUUGAUACGAACAAUUAUUGGAGGUGCUCAAAUAAUUGACUUAAUGUUAUUAGUAGUUGACAUAACAAAAGGUAUGCAGACGCAAACAGCUGAAUGUUUAAUAAUUGGUGAAAUAACCUGUGAUAUAAUGUUAGUUGUAUUAAAUAAAAUCGAUCUUGUUGAAGAAUCUCAACGACAGUCAACAAUAGAUAAGAUGACAAAACGAUUACGUAAAACAUUUGAAUCAACAAAAUUCCCACAAGUACCUAUUGUAUCUUGUUCAGCAUUAUCAUCCUUGAAUUUAAAUGAACUUAUAUCAACACUUCAAUCACAUGUUUAUAUUCCACGACGAUCACCUGAUGGUCCAUUUAUAUUUUCUGUUGAUCAUUGUUUUUCAAUUCGUGGUCAAGGAACAAUUAUGACUGGCACUGUUUUAUCUGGUUCAGUUAAAAUCAAUGAUUCAAUUGAAAUAGCAGUACUGAAAGAAAUUCGUAAAGUUAAAUCCAUGCAAAUGUUUCGUAAACCAGUUGAUAAAGCUAUGCAAGGUGAUCGUAUUGGUUUAUGUGUAACUCAAUUUGAUCCUGAUCAACUUGAACGAGGAUUAAUCUCAACACCGGGUAUAAUAAAAGUUUUUCAUGGAUUAAUUAUUCAAAUAAAUAAAGUCAAAUAUUUUAAACAUGACAUUGAAAAUCGUACUAAAUUUCAUAUAACUUGUGGUCAUUCAACUGUUAUGGGAAAAAUUCUAUUAUUUGCUAAUCAUUCAGUUGAUACAACUAACACGAAUCAAUUUCAUUUCGAUAAAGAAUAUGAAGCUAUUGAUCAAUAUCCAACAGAAGAUUCUACGGAAAACCAACAAAUAUUUGCAUUAGUUGAACUGGAAUCAACAAUACCGUGUCAAUUAGGAUCGAUUUUAAUUGGUUCACGUUUAGAUACAGAUAUUCAUACAAAUACAUGUCGUCUUGCUUUUUAUGGUCAUGUACUUAAUGGUUUUACUGAUAGUGAUUAUUUAAAUAAAGAUUUACCAACUAAACUUCGUAUUUAUAAACGAAAAGAAAAAAUUGGUUUUAUCGAUCGAUUAGUUGAUGAUCAAACAAUAAUUGGAAAAGAUUUAUUUCAAAAAGAAACAAAUCUAAAUUUAUUUGUUAAUUUUAAAGUUGAAUUAAAUCCAACUGGUGAACAAGGUUUUAUUGAAUCACCAUUUGGACAAAGUGGAAAAUUUAAAGUUCGAUUUAUGAAUGGUCUAUCCAAUGAAACAAAACAAUUAUUAAGUACUACAAAAGGCCGAAAACAAAAAACAGCAAGCAACGAAACAAAUGAAGAAUCAACUGAACCACAACAACGUAUUCGAAUUGUAUUAAAAUUUAAAAAAUAUUUAUUUCAAGAAAAAACAAUUAUAGCACAAUAA